AUGCCAUCGGAUUGCGAAAUAAACUGGAGGGAGCAUCGGCCGAGUAUAAAAGGUCGAAAUAUCUUUGGGAUGAUACUCGACUCCUCAUUCAAACAUCAUACGGCUAACAUGAGGCUCCUGCUCAUCGCUCUGAUUUGCCUGGCGGCUUCCUCGGCUUUGUCGUUGCCGAAGCAAAAGAGGAAUAUCCUACCUGGUGAUCCACGUUAUGGAACCGACCAUCAUCAUCAUCACGAGAACAUAGUGGAAGACGCAAAAUCCCUUGGUAACUCUUACGCCGAGAUACCACAGACCGUCUAUGGACCUCCUGGAUAUCAACCAGGUGUUCCCUUAAACAAUGAGUACUUGUCACCAAUCAGUGAUGUCAACACAUAUUCCGCACCGGUUCCUGAAGCGAUUAAUACCUACCUGGUACCAGAGAAAACGGUAUCAACCACCACGGUUUCGGUGCCUGUUGAAGGAGUCAAGACAGCGACUGCUAUACCGCCUGCAACUUCUUAUGGAACUCCGGAAAGUAAUGUUAAGAGCACAGUGGGAACAGGAGCCACUUCCCACGUGAAAUCUGCAGUCACAAACGUAAAGACCGGAGUCCAUGAUGUAUCUCCAUCAACUGUGAAUGUUGUUGAACAUGCACCAAUCGCAAAAGAGGUUACACAUUUUACUGGUAGAGUGCAAGCCCCCUCCUCGGUUACAACAACUAUAAGGAAAAAUGUUUUUGACAGCGGUCUGCUAACUGAAACAUUACCCAACACAUACACCUCUUACGGAGGACUCGUCCACGUGCCCCGCUAUGAUGUUCCUUCCCACGUUCCUUCCAUUCUUUAUUCGCCAGGAUUCAAUUCCUUUGAGACUGUUUCAACUGGAUACAGUAGACUUAAUCCUAUAGCAUCCGAUAAUCACGGUCUAAAUUUAGAUGUUCCUCUACCUCUUUCAUUUAAACUCCAAGUUAGUAAAAAUGUUCCAAACUCCUAUUCUUUCCCACAACCUGUCGAAUUUCCUACAACAUAUCAAGUUCCACAUUCGCUUACACACGUCGUGCAUCAUGCACAGCCUGUAAACACCUUGUACUCCUCACCUUCUGUCUCUUCCCUGGAAUCGCUUUCUCCACCACAGCAUAUAUCUUCCGUGGAAACUUUAACUCCUCUGCAAUCAACUCACACUGUGGAUAGUUUCACGCCGGUGCAAUCCGUGAAAACCUUGUCACCGGCGCACUUGGUGCAUACCAUAGAAACCGUGAAGUCGGUGGAAACCACGCCAGUCCAACAUACCGUGCACUCUGUUCAAUCUGUGCCAUCGGUGAAAACCGUGGGAACUCUAACACCAGUUGAACAUGUUGUGCAUCCAGUGCAAUCCGUAGAGACGGUAUCAACGGUACGUCCUCUGGAAUCCGUAGAGACCGUGACGUUGCAUCCAUUGAAGUCAGUGGAAAUCGUGUCACCAUCGCAACCAGUAGAAUCUUAUACGGUGUCCGAAGUAGUUAAAACCAAUACACCUCUGGUUCAAAGUCACGUUCAGACACAAAAGGGACCGAUAGGCGAUUUUUUCCAAAAUCUUAACAUCUCGUUGCCCUCGUUUCCCUCGUUGGCCUCGUUUCCCUCGUUGCCCUCGCUGCCUUCUUUCCCUUCGUCCUCUUCCUUCUUCAGCUUUACUAAUUCCCCCGCAACAACCGUAGUCCCAUUAGUGGAAACAUCUACCCCAUCCAGCACCUUUUUGGCUAGCGCUUAUAACCAGGAAAGUGUCAGCGUCGAUACUUCGUUAUUACACAAUGAUAACCUAGUGAAGAGUGUUACAUCGAGUAACGAGUACGUUCAACCCACGGAUGCCAAAGGUGGAUACAUUUAUUAAAAGUACAUUGUAAAUAUUUUCCGUCAUGAAAUAUAACAAAAGCGUUGGAUGAUAUGCCC